AGGUUCCCCCCAUGUUGCUAAUCAGCAGCAUCACUAAGCCAUAAAUCCCAGCAGGACGGGACUCCUUUGGGUUCUGUGCAUCUCUAUGUGCACUGGUGGAACAUAGGAAUAUUACUCCCCCCCAGGCAGGAUGGUCAGCCAUUUAGCUUUCCUGAAAAACAUGAAGAUUAAGCUGAGGACCCAGAACCAGUAUGUGCGCUGCGGGCUGGCAGAGUUCCUGGGCACGCUCAUUCUAAUCCUGUUUGGCUGUGGUUCUGUGGCGCAGAUGGAGCUGAGUGGUUUUGCCAAAGCCCAGUUUCUGAGCGUUAAUAUGGCGUUUGGCUUCGCAGUCACUGCUGGAGCUUACGUAUGCGCCGGUGUGUCGGGUGCCCAUCUGAAUCCUGCCGUGUCCCUCGCCAUGUUCAUACUGAAGAAGCUGAGCUGGAGGCUGCUCCUUACCUACUGCCUGGCACAGUUCCUCGGGGCUUUCAUUGGAGCCGCUCUGGUCUUUUCUCUUUAUUAUGAUGCCUUGCACGUGUACAGCAGUGGGAACUGGACAGUCUAUGGCCCCCAGGCUACAGCAGGGAUAUUUGCUUCCUACCCCUCCGAGCACCUCAGUGUCAUAAAUGGCUUUACAGACCAGGUGAUUGCCACAGCGGCUCUGCUGAUCUGUAUCCUGGCUAUACUGGAUGAAGCCAACAACGCAGCACCCAGGGGCCUACAGCCUUUUCUAAUUGGCAUUGUGGUGCUGCUGGUUGGGCUAGCAAUGGGGUUUAACUGCGGGUACCCCAUAAAUCCGGCUCGAGACCUCGCACCGCGCUUCUUCACGGCUAUUGCAGGCUGGGGCUCCGAGGUCUUCAGCGCCGGAGGCCACUGGUGGUGGGUGCCGGUUAUAGGACCUUUGGUAGGUGGGGUGCUCGGCGUGGUAAUCUAUGAAGUAUUCAUCGAAUUCCACCAUCCUCCUGCCAAUCAAAAGCAAGAAUCCGAGGAACCCACUGAGGGAACCCAUCGUCCUCACUAUGAGCUUGUUCAGUCCUCUGCUUAAGGGGUUGUUUCAUUCAUCUCCUACUUUGCCUUACAACCCAGCUUUAAUGCAGACCAACUGCAUCUGUUAACCCCUUAAUGGCCCCACCCUGAUUUGGAAUCUGCUCCUUGGUUGGCCGUGUAGGCACAGGGCUAUCCUCUCUCAUUGGCGGCAAGUCCCUUGAUCUAAUUAUUCUAUAAAUAGUGAUCCUGUGUAAAAACCCUUGUAGUAACUUUUUUAUUUAUUUAUAUUUUUAAAUAAGUUGAAUAAAGUAAUCUCCAUUAGUAUGGCU